AUGUCGGCUCCGAUCACAGCACUCGUCGGUCUCACCUGUUCCGGCCUCGUCUCUGGCCUCACGUUGGCUUACCCACUAUUGAUCAACACUCACUUCAUCGAUCAGCAGGGAGCCAAGAUUGCGCCGGCAGCUCUUCAUGUCAAUCUCGGUAUUGCGCAAAGGCUGACUUUGUGGGAACGCGCCUUCAAGGCAGGUUAUGUCGUACCUGCACUUUCGCUGCUCACUGCUGUUACGCUGGCCACCUUUGCCCUCAACAACGAUCCCAGCCAUGACAAGACUGCAUUCGCAAAGCGUGUAGGUAGCAACUGGGUGCAACGCAAGAAAACCAUUCUCGCAUCAGCCGCUUUGACUGGAAGCUUGAUCGUCUUUACUGUCCUCGCGAUUGCUCCAACGAAUACCAAGCUCAUGGCUCUCAGGCAGACUGCUAACAACAAGGAGGCUGUCGACGUGAAACAAGCCGAAGCGUUGCUACGAAAGUGGACGCAGCUCCACAACGUGCGCGUCAGCGCUGCUCUGGGUGGGUUUGUCCUCGCUUUAUACUCAUUUGUCGUGCUUUAG